AUGACUGUUCAAUUUUUUUCAAAAUUAAGUGAAAAUUACAUUAGAUUAUUAGAUGAUGAUCAAUAUUAUGACGUUACCAUUGAAGUUGGUGAAGAUCCCAACGUAAAAAUAUUUCGUGCUCACACGAUUAUUUUGUGUUAUCGUUCUCCAUAUUUACAACGAACUUUGGCCUCUAAAAAAGCGAGUAAAGAUAAUGCUUUAGUACAUAUUAAUUUGCCAAAUAUAUCACCGGAAUUGUUUCAAAAUAUUUUAAAGUAUAUUUAUGGAGGUAUUCUUUCAUUGAAUGACCAUGAAACUUCAGAGAUUCUUAAACUGAUAUUGGCAGCGGAUGAGCUACUGCUUCAAGAAUUAGUUGAUUAUUUGCAGAAAUAUUUAAUUGAAAAUAAAUAUGAAUGGAUGGAACAACAUUUUGAACUUAUUCAUCGAACGAGCUUUUAA